AUGAUUGAUAAAGUAUGUAAGAUUAUAGAAAAUAUGAUUUACGAGUUCAAUGAUCUUAGGAGGAAAGAAUUAUUUGAUGAACAAGAGAUUAAGGCUAUCGUAAAUAAAAGAAGGCAGCAUGAAUACAAUAUUAAUAGUUCAUCAUCUCUAUUACUGAAUUUUAUUUUAUAUUUAGAAUUUGAGAUGAAUUUAGAAAAUCUGAGAGAAGAGAGAAAAACGGAAAAAAAAAAACAAUAUUUAGACGAAAUUAAAAAAUAUAAAAAAUUAAUAAAAAGGCAUUAUUCUGAAUCAAUAAAUUUACAAGGAGAAAUAGAGAAUAAAAAAAAUUCCAAAAAAAGCAAAAAGUUAAAAGCGUUAAUAAAUAAAAAUGAAAAUGAAAUAAAAAAGUAUAAAAAUGACAUUCUAAAAAUGGAAAAAAAACUAGAAAUAUUAUUACAGUACAGCUUAUCGGAUAACUCUCUAAUAAAAAGAAUAAUCAAAAUUUUUCAGGUAUGUUUAAAAAAGCAUUUUAAUAAUAUUCAAGUAUGGUUACAAUAUUUGAACUUCUGUUAUAUAAAGCAAAGAAGAGAGGAAAUGGAAAAUGCAAUAUUAAACAGUUUAAAGUAUCAUAUGAGGAAUGAAUUAUUAUGGACAAUUUACUUAUACUAUUUUUAUAAUAUAAAAAAAAAUAUAAUUCAUACAAGAAAGUUGUAUGUAAGAGCUAUUUUAUUUGUUCCUCGUAGUUUGUAUUUAAAUAUUUUAUAUUUUAAUAUGGAAUUUGACAUAUUUUUUAAAUUAUUAGAAAAUUUUAAAGAAAAACAUAAAGAUAAUGAUUUGGAUAAAUUUAAUGAUUUUUGCAAAAACAAUAAAUAUGAGAUGGAUAAAGAUGUAUGUGAAAGUACAAGCGGUAAUAAAAUUGACGAUGAUAAUAACAAUACAAAUAAUGAUUAUAUAAAUGAAGAUUUUUUAAAAAUUGACAGCAAAGAAAAUGCUAAUGAUACAAAUAAUAUUGUCAAAGAGGAAGACAAAUAUGGAUUAGAUGUAAUUAUUUUUUUAGUUAAAAAAUAUUUGAAAAUUUUUCAAAAUGAUAAAAGUAACUUGCAUAUAUUUAUAUUUUUACUUUUGAAUGUGUAUUUAAAAAUGGAAAAAAAAAAAUGGAUAAGAAAUUAUAUUCUUCAGUAUGAUGAUUUUAAAGAUAUUAUAUUUACUUCUAUUGAAAAACAUAAAAUGGAUCAGCCAUGCUUUUAUUAUUAUCUAUUUAUUAAUAAGUGUCUGAAAUUUUCUAAUUUUUAUUUUUGUGAAGAUGAAAAUUUUAUACUUUUAAAGGAAAAUUUUUAUAAUGAUUUUGAAGAAAAUUACAAUAAAAACAAUAUUCAAAAAUAUUUCAACUUAAAUGAAGUGAACAAUUUACUAAUAAAAUUGUUCGAUUCUUUUGAUGAAGAUAUUAUGAUUUAUUUUUUUUGCUUGAUCCUUACAAAUUUAUUUGAUACAUAUAAUGAAUUUAAUAAUAUAUUGGAGGUUUUUAAAAUUGAUGAUAAUAAAAAAAUCCAUUCACUUAAAACAAAAGAAGAAAAUAUAUCCAUAGAAAGCACAUUAAAUGGAGAUUUAAAGAAUAAGAAAAAAGAAGAAAGUAAUAACUUUAAUUUAUUUGAAAAUAAAGAUAAUUUACAAAAUUCAAGUAAAGAGAAAACUAUUUUGUUUUAUAUGAAAGAACCCCUUUUAACAAGUUAUGAAGAAUUAGAAAUUUUUCAAUUUUUGAAGGAUGAUAUUUUUUUAUGUAGCAAUUACGAAUUUAACAGAAUUAAUACAGAAUAUAUAAAAGAAAAAAAUAUUUAUAUUUAUAAUUUUUUACAUAAACUAAAUUUUACCGCAUAUAUUUGUUUAUUCGAAAAUAGGCAUUCACAAAUAAGUAAGAAUAAUUUCAUUUAUGAUUAUGAACAAAUUAAUACAAACAAAGAUAUACUUUCAUCAAUGCUUUAUUUCUUCUUGUUUAAUAAAAAAAAUCUAGAAGAAAAUCAUAUUAGAAAAAAACAUAGAGCAGCAAAUGAAAAAAUGAAUCUUGCUGAAAAUAAUACUAACAAAAAACGAAAAAAAAUGAAAGAACUUUUAAGUGAUAGUAUUGAAGAAAGUAAAAGAUUCAUAGAAGAAGAAAAUAAAAGUAAGACAACUGAUAAUAAAAAUAUAUAUGAAAGCGAUAGUGAAAAUAAGAGUGAAAGUGAAAAUGAGAGUGAAAAUAAGAGUAAAAGUGACAGUGAAUGUGACAGUGAAUGUGACAGUGAAUGUGACAGUGACAGUGACAGUGACAGUGACAGUGACAGUGACAGUGACAGUGAAAGUGAAAGUGAAAGUGAAAGUGACAGUGAAAGUAAGAGUGAAAGUGAAUGUGAAAAUGAGAAUGAAAAUGAGAGUGAAAGUUAUAGUGAAAAAGAGAAUGAAAGUAAGAGUGAAAUAGAAAGUGAGAAAGAUAGUAAAAAAAAUAAAAAUGAGAAAGAAAGUGAAGGUGAAAAUGAAAACGAAAAUUUUAAUGAAGAAGAGAAAGAAAAGAAUAGCUUGAAUCAAGAUAAAAGAAGUGAAAACAAAAAAGUACUUUAUAUAAAUAAUAAAAUAAAUAAGGAAAUGAAUUUACAUGAAAACGAUAUAAAUUAUUCAAAAGAAAAAAAUAAAAUUUUAAUAAAAGAAAUUUAUAUCAUUGACGAAUUGCUUUUGCUACUUGAUAAAGAAAUUGACUUGUUUAUAAAAAUAAAUAUUUUAAAAUGUAUCAUAAACUUAAUUAUAUUUUUGAAUAAUAAAAAAAUAAUAGAUUAUUUAAAAGAUGUAAUUACACAUAAUUAUGAGAAAAUAAAGAAAAAUAAUUUGAACAACUUAUUAAAUAAAGAAAUAAAUAAUUUGAUUUAUUUGUAUAAUAGAGUUUAUAUUGAUGAAUUUAAUAUAUCAUAA